AUGGAGAAUAAGCAGGAGAUUCUUACUCGUGUUAUUCCUUCCGAUAUCAUAAUUUAUGACAUACUCACAAGACUUCCUGUGGAGAGUUUGGUUCGGUUCAGGUGUGUAUGUAAAAACGGAUCCAACUUAUUCUUCCGUGAUCAAUUAUUCGUUAAUUUACAUUCUCAAAGGCAUAAAAACUCAUCUUCUUCGUCGGGUUUAAUGGAACUCACUGAUGAUUGUCUCGUCUUUACUGAUCACAAUGACAAGAAAAAGAGGGUUAUCAUGCCAACUAUUAUUGGAUACGACAACACUAUUGCUGUUGAAAGUAUUCAAGACUCUUUAAAUGGCUUAUUCAUUUUAUGGUGUUAUAGUCACCAAAAUUUUCCUCCGGAUUUGUCUAGGAGAAGAUAUGAUUUUAAUUACACGUACUAUGUUCAUAAUCCAAUCAUUAAUUAUUUAAUUAUGAUCCCCAAACCAACCGAAGAUGUUGAUAGCUAUGACUUCCGUUUGUGCUAUGACCCGAAAUUAGAUAAAUAUAAAGUGGUGGUUUGUGGAGUCUUUAAGAAGCUAUGGGAGAUCAAAAUCCUCACUCUAGGACAUGGAUUACGAGAGGAACGCAGUGAUGAUGAUUAUACUUGGAAAGAUAUUGUUGUCCCGGUUAUGGAGCGUCUGGUUUUGGAUUCUACUGGUAGGUACUUUUGUCUAAAUGGUUCAUUAUACUGGAUCAUUGAAACUGAUUCGGCUAAACCAUAUAUUAUUGGUCUCGACAUUGUUAGAGAGUUUUUCUUUAAAAUUAAGCUCCCUGAGGAGAUUUCAGCUUCAACGUUGGAAUCUAGUAAUCUGAAUGAGAUGGAUGGAUUAUUAUGUUUAUCGCAUUAUUUCAUCCACACACGUGAAUUAAAGAUAUGGACUUUGAAGAAAGAAGACCACGAGGAUGGAAGUGAAUGGUUGGAGUCGUACAAAGUUGAUAUGAAAAAUAGCAUGAAAAUUGGUCCAGUAACUUACAAGCUGGAGUUACCUUCUCAUUCCCUCAUACACCCAGUAUUCCAUGUCUCUCAACUGAAGAAACACAUUGGUACUCAACUCAUUCCUUCUCGUACUCUGCUAGUGGUGGAUCUUCAUGGUGAUAUCAUUAUGGUUCCUGAAAGAGUGUUGCAGAAGAGGACUGUGCUGAUUGGCAGCAAAUUGAUACGCCAGGUCCUAAUCCAGUGGACCAAUUCAUCACCAGGGAAUGCUACUUGGGAGGCCGUCACCAAUAUCAGAACACGCUAUCCAAGAUUCAUCCUUGAGGACAAGGAUGCUGUUCAGGGGGAGGCAAUGUUGCAUACUUAA